UUGAAGACCAAAAAUGGUGUCUACAAACAACUCCUUAGUGACUGAGUUUGUUCUUGCUGGAUUAACAGAUCAUCCAGAGUUCCAGCAACCCCUCUUUUUCCUGUUUCUAGUGAUCUACGUUGUCACCAUGGUAGGCAAUCUUGGGUUGAUCACUCUUAUCAGUCAAAAUUCUCACCUCCACACACCAAUGUACUAUUUCCUCUUCAAUCUCUCCUUCAUUGAUCUCUGUUACUCCUCUGUUUUCACUCCCAAAAUGCUCAUGAACUUUGUAUCAGAAAAGAAUAUUAUCUCCUAUGUUGGGUGCAUGACUCAGCUGUUUUUCUUUCUCUUUUUUGUCAUCUCUGAAUGCUACAUGUUGACCUCAAUGGCCUGUGAUCGCUAUAUGGCCAUCUGUAAUCCAUUGCUGUAUAAGGUCACCAUGUCCCAUCAGGUCUGUUCUAUGCUAACUUUUGCUGCUUACAUAAUGGGAAUGGCUGGAGCCACAGCCCACACCGGGUGCAUGCUUAGACUCACCUUCUGCAGUGCUAAUAUCAACCAUUACUUGUGUGACAUACUCCCCCUCCUCCAGCUUUCCUGCACCAGCACCUAUGUCAACGAGGUGGUUGUUCUCAUUGUUGUGGGUAUUAAUAUCAUGGUACCCAGUUUUACCAUCCUCAUUUCUUAUGUUUUCAUUGUCACUAGCAUUCUUCAUAUCAAAUCCACUCAAGGAAGAUCAAAAGCCUUCAGUACUUGUAGCUCUCACGUCAUUGCUCUGUCUCUGUUUUUUGGGUCAGCGGCAUUCAUGUAUCUUAAAUAUUCUUCUGGAUCUAUGGAGCAGGGAAAAGUUUCUUCUGUUUUCUACACUAAUGUGGUGCCCAUGCUCAAUCCCCUCAUCUACAGUUUGAGGAACAAGGAUGUCAAAGUUGCACUGAGGAAAGCUCUGAUUAAAAUUCAGAGAAGAAAUAUAUUCUAA